AUGUCUGAACUACCACUUACCCCGCCCAGGGCAGGACAGCCUCCCCUCUACCCCCACCCCACCCAGGGCAGGACAGCCUCCCCUCUACCCCCACCCCACCCAGGGCAGGACAGCCUCCCCUCUACCUCCACCCCACCCAGGGCAGGACAGCCUCCCCUCUACCUCCACCCCACCCAGGGCAGGACAGCCUCCCCUCUACCCCCACCCCACCCAGGGCAGGACAGCCUCCGCUCAGCAUCUACCCCUCUACCUCCACCCCACCCAGGGCAGGACAGCCUCCCCUCUACCCCCACCCCACCCAGGGCAGGACAGCCUCCCCUCUACCCCCACCCCACCCAGGGCAGGACAGCCUCCCCUCUACCUCCACCCCACCCAGGGCAGGACAGCCUCCCCUCUACCUCCACCCCACCCAGGGCAGGACAGCCUCCCCUCUACCCCCACCCCACCCAGGGCAGGACAGCCUCCCCUCUACCCCCACCCCACCCAGGGCAGGACAGCCUCCCCUCUACCUCCACCCCACCCAGGGCAGGACAGCCUCCCCUCUACCUCCACCCCACCCAGGGCAGGACAGCCUCCGCUCAGCAUCUACCCCUCUACCUCCACCCCACCCAGGGCAGGACAGCCUCCCCUCUACCCCCACCCCACCCAGGGCAGGACAGCCUCCGCUCAGCAUCUACCCCUCUACCUCCACCCCACCCAGGGCAGGACAGCCUCCCCUCUACCUCCACCCCACCCAGGGCAGGACAGCCUCCCCUCUACCCCCACCCCACCCAGGGCAGGACAGCCUCCCCUCUACCCCUCACCCUUCCCAGGGUAGGACAGCCUCCCCUCAGCAUCUACCCCUCCCCUCUCUCAGAACAGCCUCAUCACUCAACCCCCCGCUAG